UUAAAAGCUACAUGAAGACUGACGCAAAAUUAUUUCAAGCACUUCAAAUGAAAUGGCAUCGUCUUCGUUUUAUUUAGCAGUAGCAACUGUUGUUGUUGUUUGCUGCUGCAUACCAUUGAACCGUGGGGCAACGGAAUGUCCCCCGGGUUAUUUGUCUCUAGCAUCAUCGUGUUUUCGCUUUGAAAGUAGUCAGGUGACGUGGGAAGAGGCUAGACAACAGUGUGAAAAUGUAGGGGCCCACUUAGCUAUAUUAGACACAGUGGACAAAAGAGACAUCAUACUAAAUUACGUGAAAAAUAAUGGAGGUGGAAGAUACUGGCUGGAUGGCAGGGAACCUUGGCUAGAUGGACGUUGGAUAUGGUACUCAAAGAAAACUCCAGUUGACCAGAAUCUAUGGGGAAAGGGAGAACCGAAUGAUUGGAGCGUGCAAGAGGCGUUAAACGGAGGUUGGGGAUCCUGGUCAUCAUGGAGCACCUGUUCUGUGACCUGCGGUUCACAAGGUCUAAGGUCCCGCACUCGUGUAUGUGAUAACCCAGCACCUGUUGGCACCGGAAAACCCUGCCCUGGAGCUGACCGACAAACCGAGUUCUGUUUCCCAGGACAGUGUCCUGUGAAUGGUGGAUGGACUACAUGGGAAGGAUGGCAGUCCUGCUCACAAACCUGUGGAAGUGGGACCAAACUUAGGUCUCGCACGUGCACCAACCCAGCACCUGCAUACAACGGGAAGAAUUGCUCUGGAAACAGUUCCGAGACAAUACCUUGUAACCUGAAGGAUUGCCCAAAGUGUGACACAUCGGUCUUAAGAGAACCAGGGAACGGUUCCAAGAACUGCAAAUCCAGCGUGACUAGUGCAGGGAAACUGUGUCAAAUGCGCUGCCACCAAGGAUAUGAAUACAUCGGAAGUGAAAACACAUUUUACUGUAAUCACAACACAAACUGGAACUGGGCGGUGCGACAAAAUGGCAAAUAUUUGCCGUCGGCCAAUGUACUUGACUGUCGUAAGAAAAUGUGUCCAGAUGGUUUUAAAGCGGCUUCUGACAACUGGUGCUUAUUUACCUCCGACCCAUUGGCGGGGACGCUUAAUUACAGCGAUUCUGUUAGAUACUGCUCUGCAAUGAAUCCAGACGCACGCCUGGUAACUAUCAAGACCAAGUCUGAGUACCAACAAAUUGCCAAACUGCUGAUAAAGGAUGCCCAAUACUGGAUAGGGUUAGAUGACCGAAGGGACGAAGGUCACUUUGUUUUCAGCGACGGGACAUUUCUUGGGACAGACUCCUUUACCGAAUGGGCAAUUGGAAGCCCAUCUGACAGCACCCUCAGCAACUGUGUUUUUAUGGACGGGACAGGAGCUGCCUUCAUGUGGAGAGAUACGCCGUGCAAGGAGAAGAAGGCGUUUGUCUGUGAAAUACGUCGUCAAGAUGUAUCGCCUCCUAUUAUUGGCUGAAUUGAUGAAAUAAUGCAAACUUUUUUAAUUAUACCAAAUCAAGAGAAAUUAAUUUUUAAACAUUUGACCUUGGCUGAUGCUUGAUUUUUCGUAAGAUGAACAUUAAUUGAUGAUAAUAAGUAUAAAAUCAUGUGGGAUCAUUUUGGCAUUUUCCGGCUUGUGAACAUUUAAUUGACCUGGGAGAUGAUUUUGAAAUAUGUUAUGUGCUCAGUAUCUAUCUAUCUAUCUUGCUAUCUGACUAUGAUGGACUAAUUAUGAUUUCUUAAUUUAUUGCUAGGUGUAAUUUUGUUUAAUUGAUAAAUAAAGCUAAAUUA